AUGUCAUCUCAACAACACUUUGAAUUCCCCAAAAUACAUUCUUUCCCACCAUUGUAUACCAAACAACCUAACCAGACAGUCCAACAACAACAAAUAGAAUCAUGGUGUAAUAUACUUCUACAGUAUUGUGAAUUUUAUAAAAUUACGUCACUUACGAUUGAAGGAGCUCCUAAAUAUUCCCAACUAGCAUCAACCUUAACUACUUCAUCUUAUUCAAAGGGGGAUAUACCGCCUCUUUUUGUCAACAAAUCAAUCAAUCGACAAGUCAAUACUGAAUUCAGGAAUUUCAUAAUUACACACUUGAUCCAUUCCAAAAAAGCUGAAUAUAUCAAUCACAAGAAACCUGAGCUAGGAAUAUUUGUCUACUGGAGAAGUAUAGUGGACUGGGGCAAUUUGUUGUAUGAGUAUAUUGUGAACACUGGACAGCAGGGGACUGUGCUUACGUUGUAUGAAUUGACUAAAAGUGACGAUGACGAUGAUGUAGGUAGUAGUGGGUUGCCUCAAGAGUUACGGAAUUUGGAUGAGGAGUUACUUGUUAAGAUAAUUAAGGGUUAUUUGAUAAAACAAGGUAAGGCUCAGUUGUUAAUGACUGAAUCAAAUGAAAUUGGUGGUGUUAAGAUUGUUUAA